CUAACCAAGCUAAGUGGUCUCCGUUUGGGUUAUGUAAAUAUGACUUUGGUCACACCUAAUUCCUUGGCGAAUCUGUCCUCAUCCUUGUCAGCUCUUGGCCUUUGGAAUUGUGGAUUGAAAGGGAAGUUCCCACAAACGCUUCCAGAGCUGUAUAUCCUUGUCCUAAAGUCCAAUAAACUCCACGGUUUUGUGAAUAGUCCGACUACUAAAAAUUCAUUAUCCAAAUUGCGGAUCUUUGACAUCUCCAACAAUAAUUUGAGUGGACCUUUACCAAUAGGGUAUUUCAAUAGUUUUGGAGCAAUGAUGGCCUAUGAUCAAAAUUCAUUUCACAUGAUGGCCUAUUUCAUAAAAAUGACAUGGAAAGGGGUUGAGAUUGAGUUCGAGAAAAUCCGAAGCACUCUUAGUAUACUUGAUUUGUCAAACAACAAUUUUAUCGGAGAGAUUCCAAAGGUGAUUGGAAAGCUUAAAGGACUUCAACAACUCAACCUCUCUUAUAAUUUCCUUACAGGUCAAAUUCAAUCAUCAUUAGGAAUGUUGAGCAAUCUGGAAUCAUUAGAUCUAUCUUCAAAUUUUCUUACCGGAAGGAUUCCAGACCAGUUGGCAGAUCUAACAUUUCUUGCAGUCUUAAACCUUUCACAUAACCAGCUUGAGGGGGCCAUACCCACUGGAAAGCAGUUCAACACGUUUAAUGCAAGCUCAUUUGAAGGAAACUUGGGUUUAUGUGGAUUUCCAAUGCCAAAAGAAUGCAAUAGUGACGAGGCAUCACCAUUGCAGCCAUCGAACUUUCACGAUGGAGAUGAUUCAAAAUUCUUUGGAGAAGGAUUUGGAUGGAAAGCUGUGGCAAUAGGGAAUGGAUGUGGGAUUGUGUUUGGAGUCACAAUGGGAUACGUUGGGUUCAGAACAAGAAAACCAGCAUGGUUUCUGAAAGUGGUUGAAGAUCAAUGGAAUCUGAAGGCAAGAAGAACGAAGAAGAAUGCUCGUAGGAAUGGUGCAAGAAGAAACUAAACAACGGAGCUAGUAACAUGAGUGAAGUUUGGAAUAAACAUUCUCGCUACCUUAUGAGAUACCAAGUGGAGGUUGACAUGAGAAGAACGCUAGAGUGCUUCAGAGAAUUGGAUUCCUCUUUCGUACUGCUUCUGUUUUCCUUCAUGGUUGUGUUUUAAUUUUAUUUUUUUUUAUUAGUUUUAUUCGAUACAUGGAAUAUUUUCCAGUCACUUAAUUUGCGUGUUUUUUUUU